AUGCGAGUAAAUAUGUCCUUACACCCUUCGAGCCAUAGCCUUUGCAACGAAAGCUUGGUGCUCAAAGAUUUGAACGCCACGGCAUUUGCUUCUCAAGUCAUCACUGCGUCGUAUUCAAUGCUGUUUUACCUGAUUUUGCUGCUAUUGAGUGCUCUUGGAGUGUGCUUUAAGCCCUUCGUCAAACUCUUCUCCUCGCAUUCUGCGUUCAUUCUCUUUCUUGUCGGGCUAAUAACGACCUCAAUCGAUGUCUUCACAAAAGCCAACGAUUCAACGAUAAGUCUAUAUCAUCGCCUAGUCGCCGUUUUCCUUGUCGGCGUGGUAUUCAUCCUGUUUGGUGCCGGAUUAUUCUUUGUAAAACCAACUGGCUCUUCCAAUCGUCGUACCCUCGGACAACAUCAGCCCUCCAUGGGGCUUCUUGUAACAGUCAUCACCUUACCUCUUAUUACAACGGAACUGCUGAUUCUGUUAGCGGCCCAUGCCUCAAGAGACGAGACCCCGCGAUCCUUAAGAGACGUGUGGAUGCUUAAUGUGAUAAAAGAUGGGCAAUAUGUCGUUCAAAAAUUAAUUCAAGUCGCUGUGUACGUCUGGCUGAGGAACUCAAGAGUCCGUGAUUAUUACAAAGAGAACGCGCAAUUUUAUUUCAAAGUGCUGGCGUUUUUCAACUUUAUGCGAUGGGUAGACGCCCAAGUGAACUUAAACAAGACGGUUCUGAAAGAUGAUGCCCGAUCGGUUUACGGAAAUUGGUUUGACGUUCUCUACGAACUAUACAAAGCGUUGCUGAUAGAUUACCGUCUCCUCUGCUCGCUCCUUUUCCUUGAGCAUUCCAUUCAAAUCAAAAACGAAACAGACGAUCCUGAAGAACUCGUUGAUGACCAACCCCUCACAAGGAGGGUUAUGACGUCAUCGCGCCGGCAAAACAGGAAUAUCGGGUUUAUCGUCGGUAUUUGCUGCCUUCUCGCACCAUUCACCUGCGGCCUUUACUAUGUCCGAAAGCUGGAACUUAGCGUUUACACGCGGGCUGUAGCUACUGUGUUAAACUCAUUUUGUAUUCUUGGGUGCGGAUUGGUUCUCUUACUCAAGAACAACCUUGAUUUUGACAAGAGGGAUCAAGAUCCAGCAGGGGUGAAAAUUAUGGUGAGUUGAGGAAAAAUCAGUACAGCAGUUUUUACCAUAGAUUUAGCUUGACUGAGUAUUUAAGGCUACAAAGAGAUGAGUAGCUCUUAGAUCUCUAUGAGCGACCACUUAUUUACUUGUAGAUAUUUAAACUGGUUUCAUUUCAGUUUACUCGCGUGCAACAUACUCGCAGACAUGGAACUUAUUACGCUGGAAUUACAACCCACUUUCAGCAUCUCACGCCGUAAGGCAAGAGAAGCGUACCUCAUAGAUAGAGGCAAAACCCUGUCACCAGACGGUCUGAACCGUCUAUUUUAUUUUUAUUGUAUAAUCAUUUACCUGUAUAUUAUUCUAUGUAGUAUUUAUAACUGUAGUUGAUUAUUAACGACUUAUGUAAAUUUUAAAUUUAAAUUCAAGAUAUUUUCUCUCGGUUGCUCUGGCCAUGAGGAAGGCUAAUUUUGUUAGCCGAAAUAUUGACCUAUAAUAAAUCAGCCCUUUGCCGUAGUACCAGCCUUGCAUUUAGUUUUGUUACAUACUUAAACAAGUUUCCCUCCCUGGUUUAUUUGUUUGUCUAAUUAUUAAUUUUCCAAGUAGGUUUGCUGUUUGGGGGCCGUGGCUUUUACAAGUUUGAUGAUCAAAGCAGCUCUCGCGGAAUUCUGGUCAGUCGGUUAUCACAACUACCUCUGGGCAGGGGUAGAGCUGGCUGCCCGCGGGAUCACCACACUGUUCCUGAUGGUUUUGUAUCUCAAAGUUCACGCGCGGGCCCUGCCUUUGAGAAACCCUGAUGUGAGAAUAAAUCAUUUUCUAGUGCCAGUGUUGAUGCUUGGAAUUAUGGCCGCUUUCGCUUCCUCUUUGGUUGAUGAGUACAUUGGACCUCUCGAUUUGAAAAUAAGGUGCGUGAACUAA